GAAUUGGCAGCUGCAAAACGACAAAUUCAACACGAAAAAGACAGGUUGACACGAUACAUGGAAAAAGCACGACGAAUGAUCGAAGAUCUGGAGGAACAGAACCGUGCUUUUGAGGGAGGUGCAUUGAGCAGGCAUGAAUUCGACUCGAUACGACGGGAUAGAGAUGCCUACAAGCAAACUCAAUUUUAUGAUAGGGACUUGGUCGAAACGAUUAAUCUUGAUAUCUCGGCACAAAUUGUUCCCCUAACCUGGCUUGGAAAAUCUUUUUUUUUGACCUUUUUUUUUGAAUUUGGUCUUGAAAUUGAAUUUAAAAUUGAGAAUUUUUGA